AGACAGCAGAGAGCGGAGGAGACUCCACCAGGAGACAUCAGACCACAGAGGAGAGACAGCAGAGAGCAGAGGGGAGAGGUCACCUCAGUACAUUGGAGAGGGUAUUAUGGCCGGAUUUCCUGUUGCUCCACCUGGACUGGAAUAUCUUCUUCAGGUCAAUGGACUCUUCAUGAAAGAGACAAGGAGCAGUAUAUUCCAGAGUUAUAAUACCUAUGAUUUUUUUGGUACCGAUGGCCAACUUGUGUACCAAGCCGCCGAGCAGCGGGAGUGUUGUGGCCCUCGGAUUGAUUGCAGGGUUACCAACACCCAAGGAUAUAAUGUCCUCAACCUUCUUGUGCCUUCAGAGUGCUGUAGCUGUGACACCACGUUGCAGGUCUCCUGUUCCUCUGGGGAGCUCCUCGGCUACAUAGUCAAAGAGUGGACAAGUUUUACCUUAAGCUUCGACAUCUUGGAUCCAUCGGGACUUGUUUGUCUUAAAGUGAAAGGUCCAGGAUGGGGGGAAGGCUUCAUGUCUGACCUCCAUUAUAAGGUUCUAUCUGCUGACAGAACAACACAAAUCGGGGUCAUCACACGUGUGUGGCGGGGUUUAAGCAAGGAGAUGUUCAGCUAUAAAGACAACUAUUCUAUCAAUUUCCCGAUAGACCUCCAUGUCUCCAUGAAAGCCGUGCUGAUGGCCUGCACCUUGUUCAUUGACCUUCUGAUUGAAGAGCGCAGGCGCCAACAACAGUCCCAAUCUAACAGUUAACACUGAUUGGAGGAUAUCCCAGCCAAUCCGUGGACUCGUCUCUUAUAAAGGAUCAUACGUGUUCUGUACAUGUCAUGCAUCGAAUGAAUGGGAUGUAUGAAUAUCUUCUGGUUUUAAUUUUCUUAAUAAUAAAAACAUACAAGGGAAAAAGGAGGCAGGUCAAAUUUUAUUAUAUAUGACAUCAUAUGAUAAAGGACCCUCAGAGCUCUGUGUCUUAGCUUAAAAGACAGCACAGUACAACUGCAAACUUCCUACACAGCCAUGUGAUAAGGGCGGAGUCCGUGCUAUGAU